AGCAGUGAGGACAGUGGUGCAAAUUCACAGCACCAUGUUCGCUCAUUUGUUAGGUGAUCCGUGCGAAAUGAAAACACUCUAAAGAAUAUGUUUGUUAUUUUUUGACUGACGGUAGUAUUGAGCAACAUUUGUUUAACUGUAGGACACACUCUUUAAAAAGAUUUAUCUUGGCCAGGCGGCCACUGAAUCCAAAUGCGUGCAAGAAACCAGAAGACCUAACGGUCUGCAAAGUUGUGGUGUCUGUAUUUGUACUGUGAAUGAUCAUUAGAAGACAUUAAACAAUGGAAAAGCCAGAGGAUUCUCCAAUGGAGACAUGGACUGAGUCUAUGGUGAGCAACUGGUUAAAGUCAAUAGGAAUCAAAGAAGCAUACAUCGAAAAACUUCACGAAGAGGAAGUAAAUGGUCAGGUCCUUUCUAAAGUCUCAGAAGAAUUCCUGAAAAAAGAGACUGGAAUGAAAGCUGGACCUGCACUUUUGAUCAUCAAAAAAAGAGAUGAGAUAUUAAAAAUUUCCCAAAAAGCCCAGAGCAAACCUAAACAACCUUCUGGGAAAAAUGACAAUGGAGUAAGUAAAAAUAAAAUUGCAGACACUAGAGCCGAUAUCAAAGAACAGCAUGAAGAAGAUCCUGUGCCAGCAGUAUUAAGAAAUAGAGAUUCAAAACCACGACCUUUUGAAAUGGAAGGUGUUGAAUUUAAAUAUGUUAAAAAUGGUGUACUAUUACCAGAAUCCGGAGUUAUUGAUAUGAUUAGUCCAUGUCAUGAGUACAAGUCAUUCGCCACUGCUGCAACACUUGACCGUCAAAGACUGCAGGCCAAGUUUGCUAAAGAAGUGCUGAAAUUUGCAACAGGUUGUAUGAAUGUUCGCACAAAUGGCACAAUACAUUUUGGUGUCAUGGACAGUAGAGGUGAUGCUGGUUAUGUACAUGGUGAAAUCAUUGGUUUUCCUGUUAAAGAAAAAGACAUUUACUAUGAUGCAUUAGAUUACAUUGAGAAGAGUUUCGCUGAAUCUGACAGUGAACUUGUACGAUUAUGUAUUGGUAAACCUCAGUUUGUUCAAGUAAUCUGUUCAGAAAGCAAUGAAGAACAAUUCAUAGUGGAGGUUGAUAUUAAGCCUUCUGUAAGAAUAGUAAAGAAUCAGCUGUUCUCUGUUCGUCUGCCAAAUUUCAGUGAAGAGGCAAACAAAGUUCAGCUUGAGAAGAAAACUGUUUACCGCAGAGUGGGUUCUAAGACAGAACCAGUGGCUGAUCUCACAGAGUUCUACCAACACAUCAGUUUAAGAGAUUCUCAGAGAGAAGAGGCAGAGAAAAUGCUAAAUUUCACUUCACCAGAACCAAGCCAGAACCUAGGGAAAAAGCUCAGCAUGCUCAUAACAGGUGGAAAGAAAGUAAUGGACAAGGACAAAUGGCACAUUCUUGUUACAAAUCGAUUUCAGGAGAAGGAUCUGCAAAGCAUCGACUUUUUGCUGAACAUGAAAAUCUUCUGUGUAUUUGACUUUGAUCCAGAUUCCAAUGUGUCUGGGUUAUGCCAUGAAUAUGAUAAGCACCAUGCAGUGAACCGCCAUUUCAUGCAGAAUUACAAAAUUCCCAGUGGCUUGAGCAUCCGAGAUUUUGAAAGUCGUGAACGUUUGUUUGAUCAGAUCAGCUGGAUAUUUUGCAAUGGCCGGAGUGAUUUCAAAGGCAGUGAACCCCACUGUGAUGAGAAGACAUGGGUUAAAACAAAAAGGACCCUCCUGAAAGAAUGUGUGUCAUUAAUUUGCAAAGACAUCUUACCUAAAGGUACUUUCCAAGUAAUCUUCCUUCUUGCCUCACCUGUUGACACACCAUUACUGAACACAUUCUAUGAGUUCAUCACUGACAUGGAAGGACAUGAAGACAUUAUAUGCCUAGCAGAAUCAGAGGAGAAUUUCAAGAAAUGGCAGAGCUUUGCUCUAGGAUCCAGUGACAUGGAAACAAUAAGCCGCUCAAGUGUUGUAGGGAUGACAGUUAGUCAAAUAAAUGCAACCCUUCAACGUGUCCAGCCUACCACUACACAGGCCACCAAACGAUUACCAAUCCAUGUCAAAGGUGAGUGUUUCCUUGACACACGAGAGGAGAAAGUGAGAAGUUCAUUAGAGAUUUUAAGUCUAGACCACUGUGAAGAAAAUAGUCAUGAUGCCAUUGAAUCUGAAAAAGAGAAUAUUGAGAAACAGUUUUACCAUGGAGGAAAAGUAACUUGGAUGAACCUCUGGCUAGCAGAAAAAAAAAUUGUUGGGGAGGUUAUUCAGAGAGAUGCCUACAACGAUGUCAGUGAUCUUGUGAAAGAAUGUCUUAAUUGGAGUUCAGAGCGGGCACCUAUAAGUUGCAUCAACAUAUACCAUCAUCCAGGCAGUGGUGGUAGUACAGUGCCAAGACAGGUUCUGUGGAAUUACAGAAGGGACCUUAGAUGUGCAGUGGUAAAAUCUUCAAAAUCAGUAUCAGCUGUUUCUGAAGAUGCUGUCUGGCUUCGAGAAUAUGAAGAAAAAGAUCCUCAGAAAUGCCUACCUCUACUCCUGCUGUUUGAAGACUGUGAUCAGGAGUAUUUAGAGGAUGUGAAGUAUGAACUGGAAGUGGCUGUCAAUACCAAGAAAAUAGCACGUGGAACACUUUGCUUUAUUCUGCUGAGUUGCAGGAGAUCUCACAAUCCAGAGAAAAUGUGUAAGGAAUCUCCCCAACACAAUGUUGCUAUUACCCAUAAACUUUCAGAGAAAGAAAAACAACACUUUUCCAAAAAACGGCACAGCCUCGAAAAACAGUUCAAGCCAGAAUUCAUUCUAACAUUUGUCCUGAUGAGUGAAGAAUUUAAGAGCCACAAAAUUGCUGAAUAUGUGAAGCAGUUUGUCAAGCAUUUGCUGCAAGGUAUUGACCACAACUCUGCUGUUACAAAACUUGUACUGUAUGUUGCCUUGCUCAAUACAUAUGUGCAGAACUCAUUCCUCUCUCGGUCACACUGUGAAGCCCUUCUUGCUUUGUCCAUCCUUGUGGAUAGAUUUCGACAGCAUGUCUUUGAAACAUCUCUAAGUGAGCAAGCUAGAUUGGUCUUAAUACACCUGAGGGAUGAAAACACGUACAUUACCUCGAUCAGAAUCAUUCAUCCACUGGUUGCAAAGGAAAUCCUGCAUCAGCUUCUGGGUGACGAUCAACAACAAAGCGAUCUAGCUUUGGAUCUUCUCAGCAAUGAUGUGCUGUUUGAGCACAGGUUUGGAAAAGAUCAGUACAUGAAGUUCUUGCGAGAUCUGUUCAUGACACGCCACAGGAUCAGCAAAGGGGAUGAAUCAGACAGUUUUUUCUCCCCCCUAAUUGAGCAUGUAAGAAAGAAAGAGUGUCCAGAUAAAGCCAUUGAUCUUCUCAAGGGAGCUUAUAAGCGUUUUAAUGAGGAUGCAUUUUUUGCUCAACAUCUGGCUCGACUCAAUUACAAACAUGAAAGAUUUGAAGCAGCGGAACAGUGGGCGAAAACCGCAGUUGCAAAAAUGCCAAACAAUUCUUACAUUCUUGAUACUAAAGGUCAGGUGUACAGACAGUGGUUCCUGGCAAAAUGCAAAGCCAUAAAGCAAAUCGAAACACCUGAAAACACAUUAGAUCCUUUGGAAAUGGCGUUUAAAGCCAUUGAAUGUUUUCAGGCAUGUGAGAAUGCAGCAGUUCAGGACAAUGAGACCAUGAACAAUGCUGGCUUUUUUGGAGUAGUUGAAGUAGGAUGUGCAUUGCUGAAGCUAAUGUCCAAUCUUCAGGUGUUCUCUAGAAGAAGAAGGCGACCUUCAGAUCUCUGCCGAUACCUACUCACAGAUUAUAUACCACCUGAAAUAGAAACACCAUGGGAAAAUUUUCAUUAUAAGUUUAAAAACCUACAAAAAACAAUGCUGGAGGCACUGGAAUGGAUUUCGGAAGACCUGUGUUACUUCCAGACUGACCUGAACAUAGAUGAGGAGAAGACAGCUGAAACGGUUGAGAGUACCAUAAAGCAUCCCAUACACUGGCUGGUGAACAGAUCACAUGACUAUGGCAGAUACUUCAGUGGGACUUCUCCAAGCACAGAUCUAAAUCGAGAAAAGUUAUCGCCUGUCAUGAAACGCAUGAUGAUCCAUUAUCAUGGUGGGGGAAACAUCACAACCAUUUUGUUCCUACUGACAAAUCAGAAAGAUCGUGACCCCGUCCCUGUGCUAGAGGAGAUUAUUUCAUUUUACCCAAGUGAUCCUAUGAGGGCACAACUGCCACAAGUGGACCUUGUCAACUACAUCGCGUCACACCUUGCUUUAAGUUUGCUCUCACCUGAGUCUCCCAAGUUGGCUGCAUUUCAAGAUCUACAAAGGAUGAGCCACCAAUUUCUUAAAGAGGGUCAGAAAAAAAGCUUGUCAAAUGCUCAUUUCUUACUUGUCUUACUUUUUUGGCCAGAAGAGCAGGACACAGAAGUGGAGAAAGAGCGCAAGUAUGGGAUUGUUCUCUCUGCUGUUGAAAAUCUCCAGAGAGACUAUGAAAAGAGGCUGAAGGACAUCCCUCCAAGGAAAAAGAGGAUCUACACUCACUUCUUCCUCAGCAAUGGGACUGGAUUUGAAAAGUUUGUCCACAAGAGCAAGUUUGAAACUAUCACAAAACUGUUCUCUGUUCCAGAAAAACGCCUGAAAUGGUUUAGCGGAGAAGUGUGGAAGAUGCCAGAAAUGUCUAGAUUGUUGAAAUGCGUCACAGGUUGGACAGAGGAUGAGAAAGUGUAUCUAGAGGGUCCCAAAGGAAUGAAAUUUCACAUCCCAGCUCUUAAGACAUCAUCCAUACCCCAUAACAAUGAGAAUGUCACCUUUUAUCUGGGAUUCACUUUGAAGGGACCUGUUGCAUACAACAUCACUGUACAAACACAAAAUUGAAAACGCAGAUGGACUAGGUUCAAAAUUUAGAUAGAAGUAACAACGUGAACAGGAAGUCUAUAGCUGAAAUUCUCUAAAUUAUCAGCUAGAAAUAUUUUGUUAUAUUUUAGUUAUUGGUAACGAUAAUGUUGUUUACUUUAUCUGCCAUAUAUUAUGAAUGCAUACUACAUAGUACUGACAUGUGUCAUUGUAAGUAAAAGUGAGAUGUUAAAUUAUAAGCUUCUUGUAGCUUUCUUAUGUCAUUGGUUACUCAUUUUAGUAUAAUUAUAAUAAUGUACUUGUAAAGAUGGGAAGCGAUUUUACUAUCUAUUUUCAUCUCCGUU